GUUACAGUGUUGUGACCCAACCAAGAGUUUCUCACUUUCUCAGUGGCUCACUCUCUACAGUGUUGAAAACCAAACCCCAAAACACUUCAUAGCAGUGUGUGUCCAUGAGCUAAAGAAACAAAACGAUUCUGCUUCAAAGUUUUUGUCUUUCUUCUUCCUCAACUCUGUCUGCAUUGUUAUUGAAGUGAAAAAGAUUCUCAAUUUUUUCAUUCCGCUGAUUCCCUUCGGUUCAAGACUGUCCCUUCUCACUUUGCUACUGCGUUUCGUUUGAUUAAGGUUUCUUCAGAAGGCUUGUUUGUUCCUUCAAAGAUUUACUCAAGUUCCAUGGAUACUCUGUGUUGGUGAGCUGGAAAAGUUGUUGUCUUUCUGCAAAAAAAACUGUAGCUUUUGAGGGAAUUUUGUUGAGUCAAUGAUGAGGAUUUUGUUACUACUGUCCAUGUUUUUUCUCUCUGCAAUGGGUCAACUUCCUUCACAGGACAUCAUGGCAUUACUUGAGUUCAAGAAAGGAAUCAAACAUGACCCAACUGGUUUUGUCCUCAACUCCUGGAACGAUGAGUCCAUAGACUUCAACGGCUGUCCUUCUUCAUGGAACGGUAUCGUCUGCAACGGUGGUAAUGUAGCUGGUGUUGUUUUGGAAAAUUUGGGUUUGUCUGCAGAUGUUGAUCUCAGUUUGUUCUCCAACUUGACAAUGCUUGUGAAACUCUCCAUGUCUAACAACUCCAUUUCUGGUGUCUUACCAAAUAAUCUCGGCAAUUUCAAAAGCCUCCAGUUCCUAGAUUUGUCUGAUAACCUCUUCUCUUCGUCACUGCCUAGAGAGUUUGGUAGAUCAGUGAGCUUGAAGAAUCUUUCUUUAGCUGGUAACAACUUUUCUGGUGAGGUUCCAGAGUCUAUUGGUGGGUUGGUUUCUCUUCAGUCGUUGGAUAUGAGUCGUAACGCUUUAUCUGGACCGUUGCCAAAGUCCUUGACAAGGCUGAACGAGCUGCUGUACUUGAAUCUGUCUUCUAACGGAUUCAGUGGGAAAAUCCCAAGGGGUUUUGAGUUGAUCUCGAGUCUUCAGCUGCUUGACUUGCAUGGUAACUCAUUUGAUGGUAAUCUUGAUGGGGAGUUUUUCAUUUUAACAAAUGCGAGCUAUGUGGAUUUUAGUGGGAACAGAUUGGUGACAACGUCUGGGAAGCUGGUACCAGGUGUUUCCGAGAGUAUCAAGCACUUAAAUCUCAGCCACAAUCAGCUAGAAGGUUCAUUGACUAGUGGGUUUCAGUUGUUUCAGAAUUUAAAAGUCUUGGAUCUUAGCUACAAUCAGUUAUCCGGAGAAUUGCCUGGUUUUAAUUAUGUCUAUGAUCUGCAAGUACUCAAGCUUAGCAACAAUAGAUUUUCAGGUUCACUUCCCAAUAACUUGUUGAAAGGUGACUCUUUGCUUUUAACAACGCUGGAUCUAAGUGGCAACAAUCUCUCAGGGCCAGUAAGUUCUAUCAUGUCAACAACUCUUCACACCGUUGAUCUUUCAUCAAACUCACUAACAGGAGAGCUUCCUCUCUUGACUGGGAGCUGCGUCUUACUUGAUCUCUCAAACAACCAGUUUGAAGGAAAUCUGACAAGAUGGUCAAAAUGGGAGAAUGUCGAGUACCUUGAUCUCAGCCAGAACCGUUUCACUGGGUCGUUUCCAGAUGUAAUUCCUCAGCUUCUGCGAGCUAAUCAUCUUAAUCUUUCUUACAAUAACCUCACAGGCUCACUCCCAGACCAUAUUCCUACCCAUUAUCCGAAACUUGGUGUUCUUGAUAUAAGUUCUAACAGCUUGGAAGGGUCAAUCCCAAGUGCAUUACUAUCCAUGCCCACUUUAGAGGAAAUCCACCUUCAAAACAAUGGCAUGAUAGGUAACAUAGGACCCUUGCCUUCUUCUGGCUCCAGAAUCCGUGUUCUUGAUCUCUCUCACAACCACUUUGAUGGCGAUCUUCCUGGUGUUUUGGGAUCUUUGACCAGUCUCCAAGUGCUGAAUCUCGCAGCUAAUAAUUUUUCUGGAUCUUUCCCAGACUCCAUGAAUGACAUGGUCUCUCUAAACUCAUUAGACGUGUCCCAGAAUCAUCUCACUGGACCACUCCCCAGCAACUUAUCUAGAAGUGUUGUGGCAUUUAAUGUGUCAUACAACGAUCUAUCAGGGACUGUGCCAGAGAAUCUGAGGAACUUCCCACCUCCUUCCUUUUAUCCCGGAAACAGCAAGCUUAUCUUGCCUGCUGGAUCAAGUGAAUCAGAAGCUUCCAAGGGGAAGCCAAGGAACUUACUUAUUAAGGUUGUGGUAAUCGUUUCCUGCGCCCUUGUUCUUAUAAUCCUCAUUCUUGUGGCUAUCCUCCUAUUUUGCAUAUGCAAAUCAAGAAGACGAGAAGAGCGUAGUGUCACAGGUAAUGAUACUAAUAGGCGGGCUCAAACAAACCCCUCAGGCAGUGGAGGUGGUAUGGCUAUCUCUGCUGAGGAUCUAAGAAAAGGCUCUUCAUCAGAAAUCCUCAGUCCAAAUGAAAAACUAGCUGUCACAACUGGCUUCUCUCCUUCAAAGACAAGUAAUCUGUCAUGGUCACCUGGCUCAGGAGAUUCAUUUCCAGCUGAUCAGCAACUAGCACGGCUUGAUGUUAGGUCACCAGACAGACUUGUGGGAGAGCUGCAGUUUCUUGACGAUUCGAUCAAACUGACUCCAGAGGAAUUAUCAAGAGCACCAGCUGAAGUUCUUGGAAGAAGUAGCCACGGGACUUCUUACAAAGCAACGCUUGACAAUGGAGUGUUUUUAACAGUGAAAUGGCUAAGAGAAGGCGUUGCAAAGCAGAGGAAAGAGUUUGCUAAAGAAGUGACGAAGUUUACUAACAUAAGACAUCCUAAUGUUGUGACUCUCAGAGGAUACUAUUGGGGUCCUACGCAACACGAGAAGCUUAUUCUUUCAGAUUAUAUAUCUCCUGGAAGCCUUGCUAGCUUCCUUUACGAUCGACCAGGCAGGAAAGGCCCUCCUCUAGCUUGGAUCCAACGGUUAAAAAUCGCUGUUGAUGUGGCACGUGGUCUAAACUACCUCCAUUUUGACAGAGCUGUUCCACAUGGUAACCUCAAGGCAACAAACAUUCUAUUAGAAGGAGGAGAGCUAAACGCACGUGUAGCAGAUUACUGCCUCCACCGUCUAAUGACACAAGCAGGCACAGUGGAACAGAUUGUAGACGCAGGCAUCCUCGGUUACCGAGCUCCUGAGCUAGCAGCUUCAAGGAAACCGUUACCUUCAUUCAAAUCAGAUGUUUAUGCAUUUGGUGUGAUACUUAUUGAGAUCUUAACAGGGAGAUGUGCAGGAGAUGUGAUCACAGGUGAACAAGAAGGUGUUGAUCUAACGGAUUGGGUUAGGUUACGUGUUGCUGAAGGGAGAGGUGUGGAAUGUUUUGACUCGGUGUUGACUCAGGAGAUGGGAAGUGAUCCGGUUAUAGAGAAAGGCAUGAAAGAAGUUCUUGGGAUUGCCUUGAGGUGUAUAAGAUUGGUUUCUGAGAGACCUGGUAUCAAGACCAUUUAUGAAGACCUAUCUUCGAUUUAGUAAGAAUGUUUUUUCUCUCCUGUUUUUGUGUGUUUGUAGGUUUAGAGGUUUCAAUGGAGUUUGAUCCUCUCAAUGGUUUCUCCUUUGUCAAGUGAUAUGCUUUUGUUUCUGAAGAAGCAUGUUCUUGGUUUUAAGGUUUUGUGUUGUGUGUCUGCUUCUGUUAGCUUUUUUGGUAACAUUUUAGAUGUAAAAGAAUUGAAAUCUGCUCAUGUCUCAUGAGUGAAUGAAAUGUUAUUUAUUCCCAA